UUAAAUCGCAUAGAAGUAAGGGAAAAGAAAAGUCUGAAACUGAUGAAUCUUCUUUUUCAGUAAAUGGAAAUACAACAUUAGACUAUGGAAAUGUAUCUUCUUCGACAAAAGAAAGGAAUCGUCAGCCCCUUCGUGAGUAG